AUGACGUACUUUGUUUUUUGCUUUAUCCUUCAACGCAUGAUUCAUCCACUUAUAUUGUGUACAUGCAUCGCUAUUAGACCUGGAUCAAUUGCUUCACUUGCAUAUCUGAGUUUCAUUUUUGCAAUACCCCAUACAUCAAUAGUUACUUCGAAGAAAACUUCAAAAAGAUUUUUUUAUAUGCUGAUUGGAUUCUCAUUACUUACAUUAUCACUUCAAAUGGUACUAUUUUUAUUGUGCUUCGCAAACACCACAUGGAAAGUUGUCCAGUUUACUACAUCUCUAUCACGUUAUUUAGGAUUUGUUGAAUGCUUCAACGAACUUAACGAUUAUUGGUCAGUUAUUCAAGUCAUAGGACCAGAUUCUAUCGUUACAUCGUCUACAAUAAUUCUGAUUUCAUUAACUAAAAAGUUUACAAGUUUUCGAAAAGAAGAAAAUGAAAGAUUGAGAAAAAUAUUUGUUUUGUCAAAAAAUUACGAAAAAUCAUUUGAGGCUUCAGAAAAUGGAUAUUUGAACUACCAAAAAUUUAGAAAAGUUAUCACAAUUGUGUCAAUAAUUUCAAUAGGACUUGCUGGUGCUGUGGAACCUUCAAUACUAAACAGUAUUUACUUUGUCUCUUUUUUAAUUAUUGCAACAUGGCUUGGAGUGAAUCGAGAUUAUCAAAAGAAAUUUGCAGUCUUUCUAAAGAUUUUAUCUUUUCUAUUGAUUGUGCACAUAACUGCAAUUCUUCUAUAUCAAAAUAAAUGGUUUGAACAUGAGAUCAACGAUCAAAAUUGGUAUGAACGUCUGCUGGGAUUAGACCUAUAUUACAUAUCAGACAAUUCCAAUAAACUUUUUCAACUAACAUUGAACAACGAACUUCAAAUUGAUGAUUUUUUUGAAUCCUUUUGUCCUCAUUGGAUGUUAUAA